CUUCUUCCUUCCUCUGCUGUCCUGUCGGGAACCCAGCGCGCGCACUUGCGCCGAACCCAUGGUCGACUUGUGAUGUGCGGUUUUCCCGGACGUUGACAUACAUGGCUAAGCUCUACUUUACCUAGCUUUUAGUGCCCAAAUCAACAUCCAGACUGGACUUCCCGUGUAACUCCUGCUCGGCGGGUUGUUUGGGACACAGCCGUGGCCUUUUGCGUGCAGUCUGGAAUGUCCGUGAUUGAACAGACGCCGUUCUAUACGCUCACACACCAAGAUGACGGCCGUGACGAAAAGGUCCAGCUUACAGUGCAGCUCCCAGGCGUGGAUAGCGCCUCAGAGCUGGACGUUACAGUGCGGCCCACCUUCUUUUCCCUGCGGGUGCCAGGGAGGUAUAAACUGGAGCUCCACCUCGACCCCCCUGUGCUGGACAAGCCUGAGGUGCUGCGCUUCGUGAGGAGAAAGUCCCAGCUCAAGGCCACGCUCGUGGUGGACGUGACGGCCCCACCCGCCACCUCCACCACCACCACCACCACCACCGCUGCCAAACAACAACAACACCCUCCGCAGCGCCCGUCCGGCACACCCACAUCGGCAGCUGCAGCAGCAGCCGGCACCUCAACCGUCCCCUCCUCCUCCGCCUCGCCCUCCACAGCACCAACACCAGCCGCGUCAGGAGCCGCUUCAGGCACGGCCUCCGCCCGCCCCCCUCCGACACCACCACGCUCCGGAGCUGCAGGCGGCAGCAGCAGCAGUGAGGGUCGAACGGUGCAUGACUCCUUCUACGCGGACGUUCUGCCGGGGCUGGUGGGCGCCUUCGGGAGGGCGCGGGGAGCGGCGGGCAGCAAGGCGGCGGCAGCAGCAGCAGCAGCGGCGGCGCAGGGGGCGCACAAGGCCCCUGCAGCCAGCCAGCAGCAGCAGCAGCAGCAAGGACAGCAGCAGGUGGCUGCAGGCGGGGCGACGGCGCCAGCUGCCAAGGGGUCCUUAUCAUCAGCAGCCCCGGUGUCUGCGGCGUCGGACGGCGGUGUGAAGAACGCGGCAGUAGGUGGCAGCAGCGGCAGCAGCACGGGUGGAACUACCGGCAGUGCUGCUAGCAGUAAACACCAGCAACGACCAACAGCAGCUGGCAAGUCAUCGUCGUCGUCCCAGGCAGGGGGAAGAAACGCAGCGGGACAUAGUACCGGCAGCACUAGUAGCGGCAGCGGCAGUGACGGCGGCGGGGGUGCUGACGCGGCAAAUGUCGUACGUUCGUAUUCUGGAUCCGUACCGCUCGUGGCUAACCGCGAGGCCGCGGAGCAGUGGCUUGAGAAGGCGCUGGGUGCCUCCCGGCAGGGUGACGGCGGGCGGGCGGCGGUGCUGCUGGGGCGGGCGGUGGCGCUGUGUCCGGACCUGGCGGGCAGGCUGCAAGCGGACUACAACUCCCGCUGCGACCCGGAGCACCGAGUAGACCCAGCGGGGCAGCCGCAGCAGCAGCAGCAGCAGGAGGCGAAGCGGCAGGAGGGGCGCAAGGGGGCGGAAAACCGCAGCCCUGGACAGUCCAAUGGUUACCCAGCCUCUAAACAAGCGCAUCAGCAGCAUGCCCAACAGAACGGCCAUCCCUCAUCCACACCCGCAGCAGCAGCAGCAGCAGCGGCGGCGGCGGGCUCCCAACCUCAGCCACCGCAACCAUCGCAGCAGGGAGGGCAGCCGCAGCAUACGUCAGGCCCCCGCAACACAUCCUCCUCCUCCUCCUCAGGCUCCUCUGAAACCGACACCUGCGGGUGUAAUGGCGCCGGCCCUCACUCCCAUUCCCACUCCCACGGCGGGCGCACCAGCCAGCCCUACUCCUUCACCAAGCCGGAGCCCGAGCGCUUCCGCACCAACCCCAACCAGCCCGCGGGAGCCACCUCAGCAGGCACUGCACCUUCUGCAGGUCCUGCCGGCGGCGGUGCUGGCGGCAGCAGUGGCAGCGGAGCAGCGGCGGGCGGUAGCGGGGGGCAGAAGCCCGCCGGGGGUGCCAGUGCAGGCACUGCUACUGGUGGAGGUGGGGGUGGAGG